CCGCGAGAUGCCAGGCGACCAGAAGAGCAGGCAUCCGGGCCCGGAAGCUGGUUGAGGGCCGUGGGAAAGGAGGAAACUCCGAGCCGGGGUGAUCCGUGGGCGUCUUCGCCGAGCUCCUGGCCACGGCUGCGGUCUAGCCUGGGACACUAGCCUAGAGCGUGCCCGAUAACAGGAAUGAUUUUAUAUAGAAGUCUUGUGAAACUAUUUGCACAAAUAGAGUGAUGAUUGUACAAAGAGUGGUAUUGAAUUCCCGACCUGGGAAAAAUGGAAAUCCAGUGGCAGAGAAUUUCAGGUUGGAAGAAGUCAGUUUACCAGAUACUAUCAAUGAAGGACAGGUUCAAGUUAGAACUCUUUAUCUCUCUGUGGAUCCUUACAUGCGUUGUAAGAUGAAUGAAGACACUGGCGCCGACUAUUUAGCACCCUGGCAGCUGUCUCAGGUGGUUGAUGGUGGAGGUAUUGGAAUUAUAGAAGAGAGCAAGCACAUAAAUUUGGCUAAAGGCGAUUUUGUGACUUCUUUUUUUUGGCCCUGGCAAACUAAGGCAAUUCUAGAUGGGAAUGGCCUUGAAAAGGUAGACCCACAACUUGUGGAUGGACAUCUUUCCUAUUUUCUUGGAGCUAUAGGUAUGCCUGGUUUGACUUCCUUGAUUGGAGUACAGGAAAAAGGUCACGUAUCUGCUGGCUCUAAUCAGACAAUGGUUGUCAGUGGAGCAGCAGGUGCCUGCGGAUCUUUGGCUGGGCAGAUUGGCCGACUGCUUGGCUGUUCCAGAGUGGUGGGAAUUUGUGGAACCCAUGAGAAAUGCCUCUUUUUGACUUCAGAACUGGGGUUUGAUGCCGCAGUUAAUUAUAAAAAAGGGAGUGUGGCAGAACAGCUGCAAGAGUCCUGCCCAGCUGGAGUGGAUGUUUACUUUGACAACGUUGGAGGCGACAUCAGCGAUGCAGUGAUAAGUCAGAUGAAUCAGAACAGCCACAUUAUCUGUGGCCAGAUUUCUCAGUACAAUAAAGAUGUGCCUUAUCCUCCUCCACUGCCCCCUGCUGUGGAAGCAAUCCUGAAGGAAAGAAACAUCAAAAGAGAGAGGUUUAUGGUAUUAAAUUACAAAGAUAGAUUUGAGCCUGGAAUUCUUCAGCUGAGUCAGUGGUUUAAAGAAGGAAAGCUAAAGAUCAAGGAGACUGUGAUAAAUGGACUGGAAAACAUGGGAGUUGCAUUCCAGUCCAUGAUGACCGGAGGCAACAUAGGGAAGCAGAUCGUCUGCAUUUCAGAAGAUUCUUCUCUGUAGUCGCUGCAUCUUCAUCAGAGAAACCCUACAUUUCCCACUUUACACGAAGACUAUUAAGACACAUUUAAAAAGUAAUCUUACGAUAUAGACAAUUAUUGGUUUAAAUGUGAUAAUAGUUUCUUAAUUACAUAACCUUAAUCUUCAAUAUCAUAUUCUCUAUACAUCUAACAUGACUGCUUACCAUAAUACAGUGGUUCUCAACCUGUGGGUCAUGGCCCCCCGGGGGGGGUUGUAUAUCAGAUAUCCUGCAUAUCAGAUAUUUACAUGACUAUUAUUCAUAACUAACAAAAUUACAGUUAUGAAGUAACAACAAGAUAAUUUUAUGGUUGGAGACACCAAAACAUGAGGAACUGUAUUAAAGGGUCACAGCAGUAGGAAGCUUGAGAACCACUGCCACAAUAGAUUGAAGUUAGUAUCAUUUGUUUUUCUUUCCUUUUUAUUUUUGACACAGGAUCUCAAUAGUACACACUGGCCUCAAAUUGGUGAUCCUUGUGGCCUCACCUCCUAAGUGCUGGGAUCAUAGGCAUGUACCACUAUGCCUGAUUUAUUUUUCUUACAAUAAUACUAGUAAUAACUAUAUUGGACAUGGUUGUGUUAGUGUAGCUCAGGCUGUGCUGACUCCUCAGGUUCCCCACUGCUGAGACUGCUGGGAUUCCAGGCAGGUGUCACUCACUACCUAGCUAAUUUGUUUAUAAAAACUAAUAUUACAUAUAUUUGUAUCAAAUAUUUAAAAAUCCCUAGAGAGUUAACACAGCUGUUAAUGGAUCAUACAUAAUACAUCUUUAAAUUAGUUUAAAAACUGAGUAAACAUACUGCUAAUCCUAGGUGAGAAGCAGUAAACAUCUGUUGAACUGGGAAAAUUUUUUUAACAUUAUUCUUAAACUUAUUAGAAUUGAGAUGGCCUUUCCAGAUUUUUAAUGACUUUAAAAAUCUUUAUUUUAAGUACCUGCAUGUCUGUCUGUACACCAUGUUCAUGCCUGCUUCCUGCUGGGACUAGAAGAAGGCAUUGGAUCCCUUGGAAGUGGAGAGUUUUGAACCACCAUGUGGGUGCUGGGUUCUUUAAUGCAGGUCCUCUGGUAGAGCAGCAGGUACUCUAAAGUUCUGAGUCAUCUCUCCAGCCUGCCCAAUGAGAGGCUUCUAAUGUAUAAGUAUACAGGGUUGGGGGUAGCACUGGGAGAAUUUAUAGAUUGUGGAACAGUUUUGGGGUAGAAGGGCACAAGUUUUGAGUUGGGAGUGUUAUGUGAAGAGAAAUGAGUUCAGUUGACUUGAUGGAAAGUUCAAAAGACCAGAUUGAUAUCCAGAAGAUGAUCUUUUUGUGGCUGUGUUGCAAGCCUAAGAACUUAUUGUAUAUUGAUAAAAGCUUGUGUUUACUUUAGGAGUCUUUUUUUUUUCUUUUUUUGAGACAGAGUCUGUUAUGUAGCUUGCUAUGUAAUCCAGGCUGUCUUGGAACUCAAAAGAUCCACUUGCCUGUCUGCCUACAGACUGCUUAAGUUAAAGGCCCUGUACCACCAUGCUGGGCCUCUACUUUGGAGGGCAAGUAGAUAGAAACAUCACUCAGAAUUUCAGUGAUUGAAGUGGGUGGGGGAGUGCUCAAGCCAGAACACUAAUGGGUAUUCUAGGGGCUAAUCAGCAAUCCCACCCACUCCCUAUCGAGCCCCAAGUGAACAAGCUUCAGAAAAUGAUAGGACUAAGUAAAUUAGCCGGUGGUUAUAGACACAAAUAUUCCAGAUGUACUGAUGUAUUGAAUUUGUUUUAUUAAUUGUAACUCAACCUUUAGAAUAGCCAAACUGGAGCUGUUUUCUGACUGACUUAUGGCCAAUGUAUAUAGCCAAUGUACUUUAUAGGCAAAACUUACAACAAGUAUAUUAAAAUUGUAUUAGUAAUCACUCAA